GAACAUCGUGAGAGUGAAGAAGUUUGCCAACGUCAAAGAGGACUGUUAUCCCACCCAGUCAGCAGUAGCUAUAAAUACUCUCUCUCUUUCUCCCUCUCUCCUCUCUCUCUCUCUCUCUCACUCUCACACACAAAUACAAAAUUAAACGCGCAUAUACGCAUACACAAACGCUUUUGCGCAGAUCGUCGUCUUCCACAUUCGCUCUGAGCGGUACUGGACUGGACUGGACUGUACUGGAUUGAGCUCGUAAGCAGAGGAGAAUGGCCCUCCGUCCAGGGCUUAUCCUAUCCAUUUCUCUUUUACAGGUGGUCUUAUGUUUUCUCUCUCUAGCAUAUGCGCAGACGUCCGUAACGACUAAUGCUACAGCAGGGGAAAGGCAUUCUGAAGAAUAUUGUGCCAUGUAUGGUAUUUGUGGAAAACGUAGUGAUGGAAAAUACUUAAACUGUCCUUUUGGCUCUCCAUCUGUGAAGCCAGAUGAUUUGCUUUCAUCCAAGGUCCAAAGUUUGUGUCCAACAAUUACUGGAAAUGUUUGUUGUACAGAAACUCAAUUUGACACACUACGGUCACAGGUCCAGCAAGCAAUUCCCUUUCUUGUCGGUUGUCCGGCAUGCUUAAGAAACUUUUUGAAUUUGUUUUGUGAGCUUACCUGCUCUCCAAGUCAGAGUUUAUUUAUCAAUGUGACUUCUGUAGCCAAGGUUAAUAACAAUUUGACCGUCGAUGGGAUUGACUUUUAUAUUACUGAUGCUUAUGGUGAAGGGUUAUAUGACUCCUGCAAGGAUGUCAAGUUCGGUACCAUGAAUUCUCGAGCUAUGGAAUUUAUUGGUGCUGGUGCUAAAAAUUUUAAAGAGUGGUUUACUUUUAUCGGUAGACAAGCACCUUCUAAUGUGCCAGGUUCACCAUAUGCCAUUAGAUUCUCUUCAAGUGUUACAGAAUCAUCUGCUAUGAAACCUAUGAAUGUCUCUACUUAUUCAUGUGGUGAUAAUUCACUGGGCUGUUCCUGCGGUGAUUGCCCUUCAUCUACAGUUUGUUCCAACACAGUUUCACCAGUUUCCCAGAAAGGAGGUUCAUGCUCAGUGAGAAUUGGGUCCAUUAAGGCUAAAUGUAUUGACCUUGCUGUAGCGAUUCUAUAUAUCGUAUUAGUUUGUGUGUUCUUCGGAUGGGGUUUGUUUCGUCGGACUAGAAAAGCCAACCCAGCUUCUAUGACAAAUCCUUGGUGGAAUGUAAUGGAUGACAGUGAAGUUCAUUCUAUUAGCAGGGAGAAGAAUGAAAAUCCUCCGAUGCAGGUGUUUGAAGAUGCUCCUCACAUUAGAAAUAGUGUCCAACUUUCAAUUGUGCAAGGAUACAUGUCAAAAAUUUUCAGGAGAUAUGGAACAUGGGUUGCUAGGAAUCCAGUCAUAGUGUUAUGUUCAUCUUUGGCUUUAGUUCUGCUGCUUUGUCUGGGUCUUAUCCGUUUCAAGGUGGAAACAAGGCCUGAGAAGCUAUGGGUAGGGCCUGGGAGUAAAGCAGCAGAAGAGAAGAAUUUUUUUGAUAGCCACCUAGCCCCUUUCUACAGAAUUGAGCAGCUUAUAUUAGCAACAAUUCCAGAAGUUAAGCAUGGUAGCUCACCUAGCAUUGUGACAGAGGAAAAUAUUAAGUUACUUUUUGAGAUACAGAAGAAGGUUGAUGGAAUUAAAGCAAAUUAUUCUGGCUCGGUGAUAUCUCUUGCUGAUAUUUGCAUGAAGCCAAUGGACAAAGAUUGUGCCACUCAAAGUGUCCUACAGUAUUUCAAAAUGAAUCCUGCAAAUUAUGACGAUUAUGGUGGGGUUGAACACCUAAAGUAUUGUUUUGAGCACUAUUCAUCUGCUGACAAAUGCAUGAGUGCAUUUAAAGGCCCUCUUGAUCCUAGCACAGCCUUAGGAGGCUUCUCUGGGAAAAACUAUUCCGAGGCAACGGCGUUUCUCAUAACUUACCCUGUAAACAAUGCUAUUAGUAAAGAAGAGAAUGAGACUGAAAGAGCAGUGACGUGGGAGAAAGCCUUUAUUAAGUUGGCAAAGGAUGAGUUGUUGCAAAUGGUGCAAUCUAGAAAUUUAACACUUUCUUUUUCAUCGGAAAGUUCUGUUGAAGAAGAACUAAAAAGAGAAAGUUCUGCAGAUGCCAUUACUAUAUUGAUAAGCUAUCUAGUGAUGUUUGCCUAUAUAUCUCUUACUUUGGGUGACUCACCUCGUUUAUCAUCAUUUUACAUUUCGUCUAAGGUAUUGCUUGGUCUCUCUGGAGUUGUGCUUGUCAUGCUGUCGGUUCUUGGAUCAGUGGGUUUUUUCAGUGUAAUUGGUGUAAAAUCUACGCUAAUCAUUAUGGAAGUUAUCCCAUUUCUUGUUUUAGCUGUUGGGGUAGAUAAUAUGUGUAUACUAGUGAAUGCUGUUAAACGGCAACCCUUGGAGUUGUCUCUGGAAGGGCGAAUAAGCAAUGCACUUGUGGAAGUUGGACCAUCCAUAACACUAGCUAGUCUAUCAGAGGUUUUAGCAUUUGCGGUUGGAAGUUUUAUUCCUAUGCCAGCAUGCCGUGUGUUCUCUAUGUUUGCAGCACUAGCUGUUCUGUUGGACUUCCUGCUUCAAGUAACUGCUUUUGUAGCUUUGAUUGUUUUUGAUUUUCGGCGAACUGAAGAUAAGAGGGUUGAUUGUUUCCCAUGCAUGAAAAUUUCAUCAUACACCAACUCUGAUAAAGGCAUUGAUCAGAGAAAACCUGGUUUGCUGACGCGCUAUAUGAAGGAGAUCCAUGCUCCAAUUCUCAGUCUUUGGGGAGUUAAGAUAGCUGUCAUUUGUGUCUUUGUUGCAUUUGCAUUGGCUAGCAUUGCAUUGUGCACCAGAAUUCAGCCUGGGUUGGAACAAAAAAUUGUUCUUCCCCGAGAUUCCUAUCUUCAGGGGUAUUUCAAUAAUGUUUCAGAGUACCUCCGAAUUGGACCCCCAUUAUACUUUGUUGUGAAGAACUACAAUUAUAGUUCAGAAUCAAGGCAUACGAACCAAUUAUGCUCAAUUAGCCAAUGUGAUUCAGAUUCUCUUUUGAAUGAGAUUGCAAGAGCAUCCUUAACUCCAGAAUCAAGUUACAUCGCCAAGCCUGCUGCGUCAUGGCUUGAUGAUUUUCUUGUGUGGAUAUCCCCAGAAGCAUUUGGGUGCUGUCGGAAGUUUACAAAUGGGGCCUACUGCCCUCCUGAUGAUCAGCCUCCCUGCUGUUCUUCCAGUGAUGGUUCCUGUAGCCUGGGUGGAGUGUGCAAAGAUUGUACUACGUGCUUUCGUCACUCGGAUCUGCGCAAUGGGCGUCCAUCUACCACACAAUUUAAAGAAAAACUUCCCUGGUUCCUCAGUGCUCUACCGUCUUCUGAUUGUGCUAAAGGUGGCCAUGGAGCUUACACUAGCAGUGUGGAAUUCAAAGGCAAUGGAAGUGACAUUAUUCCAGCAUCAUCAUUUCGUACAUAUCAUACACCUCUCAACAAGCAGGUUGACUAUGUAAAUUCAAUGAGGGCUGCUCGGGAGCUCAGUUCUAGACUUUCUGAUUCUUUGAACAUUGAGAUAUUCCCAUAUUCAGUAUUCUAUAUGUUCUUUGAGCAAUACCUUGAUAUUUGGAGAACAGCACUGAUCAACCUUUCUAUAGCCAUUGGUGCUGUGUUUAUUGUUUGUCUAGCUAUCACUUGCAGUUUAUGGAGUUCAUCAAUUAUUCUAUUGGUGUUGGCAAUGAUUGUAGUGGAUCUCAUGGGUGUGAUGGCAAUUCUUAACAUCCAAUUGAAUGCAGUCUCUGUUGUUAAUCUUGUAAUGGCAGUGGGCAUUUCUGUUGAGUUUUGCGUGCAUAUGACACAUGCUUUCUCGGUUAGCACAGGAGAUAAAGAUCAGCGUACCAAGGAGGCUUUGGCUACAAUGGGAGCCUCUGUCUUCAGUGGAAUCACAUUGACGAAGUUAGUUGGGGUCAUCGUGCUUUGUUUCUCGAGGACGGAAGUCUUUGUGGUAUAUUACUUUCAAAUGUACCUAGCAUUGGUUCUUCUUGGUUUCUUGCACGGGCUCGUGUUCUUGCCGGUUGUCUUGAGCAUGUUUGGUCCGCCUUCGAGACGCGUGCUCAUUGAGCAGCAACAAGAUCGGGCACCUGUUCCACCACAACUAUAAAGAAGCUGAUUACCAGAACAAUUCUUUUUCUAGGGUUCGCCUUUUUCUUUUGUAGCUGAAAUUUUAUGUAUGACAAGAAUAACAGAAAUAUCUAAAAUAGCUCAACAUGUAAAUUAUAUAGCUGCUACUGACAAGAAGAAAAGAAAAAGGUUUUAAAGAAUUUGUUCUUUUGGCUCA